AUGGAUUCCUCAAGUGGAUCGUCAAAUCCCCGAGAGGAUCCUAUCGAAGCAUUCCACGUACAGAUUCGAGAGUUGUACUACCGCCUCAAGCUCUUCAGCGACGCGAUUGAGAUUUCAAAGCAACACGUCGAACCGCCGAUCGCUGUCUCAAAGGCUAGCCAAGAGAGCGAGGAUGGUGGGAGCAUCUCUAACAAUGCGGGGCCUCAUGAUCGUGAGGGAAACGUCCCGAACCGAGGAGUCGGAACCGACUUCAAGGAAUCCGCGCGUCAGACUUCUGGGAACUCAACCACACAACACAACCUACAUCUUGACCAUCAGAUCUUAGGAUUCUGGGAAAAACUGGUGACUGCUAUUUUUUCAGCUCAUAGUAAGAUCCGAGACAUCAUAUUGAAGGAAGAUGAGGUCAAGCGCGACACAGCGAUCCCAUGGGCCAAACUCCUCAGCUAUCUCCAGGGCGGGCUACGCCGGAUUUCCGAGAGGAGCGAUUGGGCUCUUGAAGUGAGAAGAAUCACUGGAAUCGUCAAUUUGGUGGCAAAAGAUUGCCAUCAGGUAACUAUUACCGCGGUCAUAAAUGACACCUCCAACCACGUACAUUUAGCAGUGGCUUUUGCAAAAGCUGUAGCGAUGAACAUAACCAGCUCCCUGUCGCCGGAUCUCCAAGGCAAUCGGAAGCGCCUGGUACGACUAUCGAAGCCAUUCGACAAGGCUUUAGACCGUUAUUUUCAUGCAAUGAAACCAGAUGUUCUGGGUGGAUUAACCGAGGAGGGAAUAUCAGUGGACAAUAUAUUGUACACUCUUUACAGGCUCCGGGCUAAUAUCUGGAUAUUCAUCCUGGAUGUUCUCCUAAAGACACCAAUUCGCCACUCCAUAGACCAAUUCGCGCUUCGAAGCUGGCCAUCAAAUAAGAGCCCAUUGUUGGCUACCCUGUCUCAGUUUCACCCGGUUGACUCGGCCCAAGUUAUUGAGCAAAAGCUCAUUUGCAAUCCCCACUUCACUUCCUUGACUCAUCGGCUCACAAAGCAAUUUUGCACCAACGAGUACUUCUGUAUGGAUUUCUUCAGUACUUGGGUCUAUGAUAGCAUCGAAUUUGACUUUCACCGCCCAGAGAGAAACUCUUUUCGACGUUUCCAAUUCGUCAUCGACGUAGGCGACUUGGAUGUGGCCAAGCAUGCCUACGGCCAGAAUGGAUCUCUAGCAGACAUACUUGUCUUGACAGGCGCCGACAAUGUCGCGUGCGCAUCAACCAUGGGCAAAUAUUCCUCAGAGGUGUGGCCCGAGCAUGGACCGCUGCUCAUAGAUCAAUUAGACCAAGUCCUGAAGGCGUUUUUCAAUGGACAUUCCGGCCCGGUGCCGGCCCGAGAUGAAGCUUCGCCAUUGGAGCUCUCCAUAGACCUAAUGCGGGGGAUGCACUCCUUUGGUCUUUCAGUAGAACGCGGACAGCUUAUCAUGACGGUUACAGCAACUCUGGAGCUGAUCGUAGAAUGUCUACAAAUUCUCGCAUGGGCCUACACAUGCCUCAGCGUGUCUCCAUAUGGCGAGCAGCUCGGUCGCGGACGGGUGAACCUAGCCCCCUCGCAUCAGCGAUUUGUUGAUCUGGUCAGAGUCGAGUUAUCUUUGGCUGUCGAGCCCCUCAAGAUGGCCAAAGCUUGCUGGCUGCCUUUGUUCAGUCAAGCCGUUCUGGCAUGGGGAUACCCCGCCCCAUCCAAGCGUGACGGUCUGAUUGGUUUGGAGAUUGAUCUGGGAGUCUUGUCUGCGCUCUCUGGUGCGAGACAUGCUGUAAUGUUCCGCGGUGGUCUCCUGCUCAAAGGGAUCUCAGCGGUUCUUGUACCUACAAAAUACUGUGCAAACACUAUUCAAUGGCAUCUCGUCACGAGCGAUGACGACAGCCGACUGACUUGCGAAGAGGCAGUACGGAAAGUUGGACCAAGAAUUCUGAGCGACGAGCUGGAUUUUGAGUCAUAUUCAGGUUGUCGCCAUAUCGUCGGAUGGUGUAGUAAAGUCGAAGUAAUGCUGGGCACCACAGGCAUUGAUUAUGGGUCGAUUGGUUACUCAGACACGGCGGACGCUAUGGAUAUGAUAAGAAGUGAAGGUAAAGUGACAUUGGGCAUCCAGCAGAUCGUCACGGCACAAGUUGAGAUGUCUGUUGGCAAAAGAGUUGGGACAUUCGCAUUCCGAAGACAAGGAUCGUAUGAAAAGAUUUUGAGGUUCGCCUCCAAAACGCCAAUCGUGCUAUUCGAUACAGAUACCAGAAGAGGCUGGCUGGUUCCUGCCGUCGCCGUUAUGCUGCAUGUCGUGCAGCGCGCCAUCCAUUCAAACCCAACCGGGAGCGGCAAAGACAAGCUCCUCUCUUUCAGAGGUACCGUCUUGCAAACCUUGCUAGAGCUCCGUGAUGAGUGCCCAGUGACGGGCGAAGACUCGCUGGCGGAUGAAAUAUCCACAAUAUUCAACAUCAUUGACAGAAUGAUCGAAAUCAAUGCGGAGGAAGAUACCGCAAAAGAGAAACCUGUUCGGGGGACCCUCAGGAGUGCCAUAUACGGCUUCGAGUUCAUGGACCUGAUCGACCAGCCAUCGCCUAUUCACCGCAAGAAGCUCUACAUGCACAAUACGCAUGGUGGAUGGCCGGCUCUUGCCCACGAUAUCGAUGCACUCGUCCUUUUGGGCAAUGGCUUUGGGGAAAUCAUGCUUCCGAUUGAACCUUCUCUCUGUCCGUCUUGGACUACGAUGCCUCUUGGUCAGGACUUCCUAGCUUCGACUGUUGAGACUCUGUCGGACCUUUACAAGAAAGCCGGAUCUAAGGACUGGAAAUAUCUCACCACGCAGAAGUUGCAGUGGCAUCGGGGUGCUUCGGCUUUAUUCGAAGCCUGCAAAUCGGACAAUUCGCAUUGUAAUUGUGUUAGACUUCAACGUAUUGUACCAAAAGAGGUGGUUGGGCAUGUUAUUGGUCCAGGUCCGGUCGAAACUGCUCAAGGGGCCGUCAUCUUCGGCGAGGUGGGAAGACCAACAAGGUUCAACACCACACAGAAUGCCCGUCGGCGGUCUUUAGGGCUUCAAGCGCCCCCGGACGUGGACUACGUGCCGCGCGAUGACCAGGAGCAGCAGCUAGUUGUGGUCAAUGGAACACAACCGAUUCUGGGCGAUGCGCCAGCAAAUGGAACCCAAUUGGGUUCUCCAGAAUCGCCGCACAAGAGUUUUUCUGGUUAUGUUUCUGCUGGGUUUCGAAGACUGUCCAAGCGAGAACACAGGGCUGGAUUCAAUGGCCAAUUUCUCAAUUCACAACAACCGUCAUAG